UUCCUGAUUGGGUUAUUGGUGUUUUGUUUCUGAAUUUUGAGUAGAUCAAUCGUUGUUUUUGGCUGUUAUCACUUGCUUCGGAUUCUUGUCUACUGUGGGAAGCUGGGAGCUUCCGUUGCUUUGCCGUUCUAUAUUUGGUGGCCAUUUUUGGUGCUUAGAUACGUGAGCGGAUGGACUUGGUAUCUAGUUGCAAGGAUAAAUUGGCAUACUUUCGGAUAAAAGAGCUUAAGGAUGUGCUCACUCAGUUAGGCCUUGCUAAGCAAGGAAAAAAACAGGAUCUUGUGGAUAGAAUCUUAGCUGUGCUUUCUGAUGAACAAGUUUCCAAGAUGCAUUGGGCAAAAAGAAAUCCUGUUGGGAAGGAUGGAGUGGCGAAAGUUAUCGAUGAUAUUUAUAGAAAAAUGCAAAUUCAUGGUGCUACUGAUUUAGCUUCAAAGGGACAAAGUUGUUCAGAUGUGAAGCUUAAAGAGGAGGAGGUUGAUUCUUUUCAAUUGGAAAUGAAGAUCCGCUGUCCAUGUGGAAGUUCAUUGGCCACUGAGUCAAUGAUUCAGUGUGAGGAUCCACGAUGCCAUGUCUGGCAACAUCUUAGUUGUGUUAUUGUUCCAGAGAAACCUAUGGAGGGUGUUCCACCAGUUCCACCUCAAUUUUAUUGUGAAGUAUGCCGAAUCACUCGAGCUGACCCUUUCUGGGUGACGCUCACGCAUCCUCUACUCCCAGCUAAGUUGACAACUUCCAAUAUUCCAACUGAUGGGACAAACCCAGUGCAAAAUGUGGAAAGAACAUUCCAAUUGACAAGAGCGGAUAGAGAUUUAUUACUAAAACCUGAGUAUGAUGCCCAGGCGUGGUGUAUUCUUCUCAAUGAUAAGGUUUCAUUCAGGAUGCAGUGGCCUCAGUAUGCUGAUCUUCAGGUCAAUGGUGUGCCAGUUCGUACAACCAAUAGACCUGGAUCACAGCUGUUGGGAGCUAAUGGUCGUGACGAUGGUCCAGCAAUCACAACAUGUACAAGGGAGGGAAUUAAUAAAAUCACAUUAUCAGGAUGUGAUGCUCGAAUUUUCUGCUUAGGGGUGAGGAUUGUUCGGCGACGUACAAUUCAACAGGUUAUGAACUUGAUUCCAAAGGAGCAGGAUGGUGAGCCUUUUGAAGAUGCGCUUGCCCGUGUUCGCCGUUGUGUUGGUGGCGGGACUGCCACUGAUAAUGCAGAUAGUGACAGUGAUCUGGAAGUUGUGGCAGAUUCAAUCACAGUCAAUCUCCGUUGUCCUAUGAGUGGGUCUAGAAUGAAGAUUGCUGGCAGGUUCAAGCCCUGUGCUCAUAUGGGCUGUUUUGAUCUUGACACUUUCGUUGAACUUAAUCAACGUUCCAGGAAGUGGCAAUGUCCCAUUUGCCUCAAGAACUACUCAUUGGAGAAUCUUAUCAUUGACCCAUAUUUCAAUUGCAUCACGACUCUGAUGAGAGAUUGUGGCGAAGAUGUUAAUGAUAUUGAUGUGAGGCCUGAUGGUUCUUGGCGUGUAAGGAAUGAAAAUGAGCGUAGGGAUCUUGCACAAUGGCACUCACCUGAUGGCUCUAUUUGUGUUACUGAGGUUGACAUGAAACCCUUGGAAACUUUAAAGCAGAUCAAACAGGAAGGUGUUUCAGAAGGACAUACUGGUCUGAAACUGGGUAUAAGAAAGAACAGUAAUGGACAUUGGGAAGUUAGCAAACCUGAAGAGAUGCGCACCCUGUCCUCUGGAAAUCGACUACAAGAGAAGUUGGAAAACAAUAGCCCGAAAGUCGUGCCUAUGAGCAGCAGUGCUACUGGAAGUUGUCGAGAUGGUGAGGAUCCAAGUGUUAACCAAGAGGGCGGUGGACAUUUUGAUUUCUCUACCACCAAUGGCAAUGAGUUAGAUUCUAUUUCUUUGAAUUUUGACUAUACAUACGGAGUGGCCAACAGAAAUCCUUCUGCAGCGAGUGCAGAUGUUAUUGUUCUCAGCGAUUCAGAGGAAGAGAAUGAAAACUUGAUUUCUACUGACACCGCCUAUGAGAAUGUUCGAGCAGAUCCCAGUGGAAUUCCUUUUUCUGUCCCCCACCCUGGAGUUCCUGACUUGUACCAUGAUUCAGAUAUUGCCACAGGUGGUUCUUGCUUGGGUCUCUUCAGUGGUAACAACAAUGAUUUUGGGAUGCCUCUGUGGCCACUACCAUCUGGUACUCAGGCAGGUUCUAGUUUCCAACUAUUUGGUACUGAUACAGAUGUCUCAGAUACCUUAGUUGAUGUGCAGGGUACUUCUGUUAAUGGUUAUGUGUUGACUCCAGAGACGGCUGUCGGAACUGCUAUAAGAGUCCCAGCUGCUUCUGUUUGUCAGCCCAAUCCUGAUAUAAAUGAUGGCUUGGUUGAUAAUCCGUUGGCGUUUGGUGGGGAAGACCCCUCUCUGCAAAUUUUCCUGCCCACUUGUCCAGCAGGUGCCUCAGCAGAGUCUGACCUGAGAGACCAACCUGAUUUGUCAAAUGGUAUCCGCACAGAGGACUGGAUUUCUCUCAGGCUUGGUGGUGGCAGUGGAGGUGGGACUGGGAGUGCGAAUGGGGUCCAAGGUAACUCUGAAGCUACAAAUGGAUUGAAUUCAAGAGAUCAAAUUUCAUGCCAGGAGGGUAGGUUGGAAUCUUUAGCUGAUACUGCUACUUUGCUUCUGAGUAUGAAUGAUAUCAGGUCGGAAAAGUCAACUAAAAAUAGGCAAAAAUUGGAUAGCCCUUUCUCUUUCCCUCGCCAGCCACGGUCUGUAAGGCCAAGGUUGGAUCUCUGUAUAGAUUUGGACUCGGAGUAAAUUCCAUUGGCAGUGAGACGCUGGUUCUGUUUUGGAGAUAUUGGGGAGGGUACCUAUGGAAGGACUUUUGUGAUCAGCUCUCUUUAUGAGUUGCGGAUUGCUGUAUUAGAAAUUGUGAAUAUCAAACAUUUCCUCCUCAAGACGGGGCUUUCGGUGGCAUGAAGUCUGUCUCUGCACGGUCAAUCUAACUGGAUCCUGCGACUAGAAAAUUUACCAGGACUAACAUAUACAUUUAUCCCUCGGGCAAUACAAAUUUUCCUUUUAUGGUUUCCCUUUCCCCCAAUCUGAAGUUUUGCAGGUCUGGCGAUGUCACAUUUGCAGUAAAUUGUACAAUAGAGAAGAACAUUAUGAAGGGGCUAAAUAUAGUAGACAUCCUGAAAGGUGCAAGCCCUUUAGAUUCCUACAGGGAAGCCUUUUUCCCUUCUGUACCAUACCUGCUUCUUUGUUCAGCUGCUGGUGGGGUGCAGUUAGCCUGUAAAUGAAUGUCUUCCAAGCCAUUUUAUUUAUCAAUGAAUAUUUUUUUUACAG